UGAAUAAUAGAUGAAUGAAUGAUUCAAGUGAAAUGAAAAAAAAAAUACAAUUUAUCUUAUUGGUUUAGAGAUAGAAGAUAGACAUAAAAAAAAAAAAUUUAAUAACAAAAAUGGUCUAGUAAAAUAAAUAGUGAAAAUUAGAGACAAUUAUUUUGUGCAAUGAGCCGAUAAAAUUUUGUUGAUCUUCUUGGAAAAAGACAAUUACAGAUGAAAUAAAAAUAAUUUUACAAUUGAUACUUAAGACAAAACAGGGAAAGUUGAGUAGUAUAAAUAUUAGACAGAUUAUUUUCUCGAAUAGUUUACUUUUGGACUUUGUUUUGAAUAGUCAAACUGUGCUGUUGUCAUCAUGAAAAAAAUUAAUCCGAUGAUGCAGAUAAUUGGAAUAGUUUUUCUAUGUUUGAGUAUUUUAAAAACUGGUUUUGCAACUCGUCGUGAAGAACUCGAACGAGCUGCUGAAUUAGCUGUUGAACGUGCUGCUGAACGUGUUGCUGAGAGGGCUGUUGAAAAGGCACUGGAAAGUGGAAAUUCUACAACCGUAACUGAAACUAUACGUGCAUCUCACUCAAGUGUAAGGAAGUACGAUUCAACAGAACAACUUCCUGGUUUUAUUACGCCAGUACAACGUAAAGAAUAUGAACGUAUUAUGAAGGAAAGAGAAGCCGGUGAAUUAGCUGUCGCACAGAUCAAACAUGGAUUACUUUUUAAACGUUCCAUUAGUGAUAAAGAAAUUUCGAAUAUUAAAAAAAAUAAUAACCAUGAUAACAUGAAUAGAGAAAAUAAUAUUUAUCCAGUUAGAUUUGUUAGACAGUUGACAUAUCAAAAUCAAUAUCAAAAUCCAUAUCAAUUUAUGGCUAAUAGCAAUAACAAUGACAACAAUGACAAUAGAGCAGCAAUGCCAAUGGAUCAGAGAGAAUUUAUUUAUCAUCAAAAUGAUAGAGCAUCAAGAUUUUCACCGCCAAAUGGUCAUUAUGGUAUGGAACAAAAACCAAUGAUUUAUUAUAUUCCAACUAGUGUCCAAGAAUAUCCACCAACUGGAUCGCAAUAUCAGUAUCCAGUUAAAAUUAUGGAACAAAAUGAAGAAUUUAAUAAUCGCAAUAGACGUGAAUGGCCAUUAUUUUAAGCAUUAUUUUUCAUUUUAUUAUAAAAAUCAUUUUUAAGGGAAAAGAAUUAUUUUUUA